CGAAGCCAUAUGUACAAGCACUAGACGAAACCACCAACUCCACCUUUUCUUCCAAUUACAAUCUCUCACAAAAAAAAAUACACCCAUCACCAAGAGCCCUCAAAUGGGCGGCGGAGACAAACAGACACACCACAGCGAACCACCGCCGAUACCCAAAGGGUGUGUGGCGGUGGUUGUCGGCGGCGCGGCGGAGGAGCAACAGAGGUUUGUGAUCCCAGUGAUGUACUUGAACCACCCUUUGUUUUCGCUGCUUCUAAAAGAAGCCGAAGAAGAGUAUGGAUUCGAUCACGACGGUCCGAUCAACAUCCCCUGCCGUGUGGAGGACUUCCGCCGUAUCCGCCGUCUGAUCGACGAAGAAGCCUCCCGCCACUCUCAUUUAACUUCUUGCUUCAAGAUCAAGGCUUGAAUUCUUCUUUCUUACUAAUUUUUUUAGAUACCCUUUACAUAAUUAUUAUAUUACUACGCCAUCCUUUACAAAAAGUUGUGCAUGGCUGAUGGCUAAGUAUUUGAUAAUUGAAGGUGAUUUCAUCUAAUCACAUGUGUACAGUUGCUUAUUAGAAAUUUAUUUGUUCAUAUAUCAUGGAAGAAUUGCCAUGGGCCAUGGCGAUGAUGACGAUGAAAAUGAA